UUCUGCAGCAAUCACUCUUCGGUCACACUGCAGCUCUCUUUGUUUACGUGUUGCAAUUUAUUUUUAUUUUAAAUUUUUAAUUUGAAAGCAAUUACAAUUGAUAACUGGGAAAUUAUGACUAACUUACAGCGUUGGCUCUUCUAUGCAACGCUCUUUGCUGUGCCUUACUUGGCCUUGGUGCUGGGCACAGUGCAAACGCCGCUUACAUCAAAAUAUUUGUUACACAUUCAGCUGCUGCCGGUGCUACUUUUGGUUCUAUUUGGUGUUUAUUCCGUGUUUACUGUGCUGUAUCGUACGUUUACGUUCAACGAUUGCCCAGAGGCAGCCAAAGAACUGCAGGCGGAGAUUUUGGAGGCUCGCAAAGAUUUGAUAGCCAAGGGAUUUAAGUUUCGAGACUGAGAGAAGCCAAGCCGCACCUGCCACUUGACAGGCAACUUGGGAGAUAAAAUGUGCAUGUACAUAAAUUGAAGCGUAUACAUACAUAUGUGUUAACUUUUAAUUCCAUAAUAUAAAAAAUGAAAACCACAAAAA